AUGGUUCAUCCCCAUCCUCAGAAGAAAGCUACACCAUAUGUGUCUAAAGUUGUCAAUACUUCUGGUAAGUCUUCUAAACUCAUAAUCCCCAAUAAAGAUAAGAUUAUUGCUAAAGGAGAAUCUAGGCUUAAAAGAUUUGAACUUAGAAACCCUAACAUGCAUGCUAACGACCCUGUAAAUCCCAUGAUAGCAGAAAGAAGUGCAACUGAUAAGGAACUUAGGAAGUUUGUUGCAUCUGUUUUGAGGGAAGUAAACUCUGAUAUUUUUCCAUAUGUUCAAACAUCUUUGGAAAAAGAUCCAGGCCCUGACAAUGAGUCAAGGGAAAAUGCAGAAGAAAAUGUUCCUGAUCAUACUGGUCGUGAGAGAAGAAGAAAGAUUGCUGCUUUUGAAGAUUCUCCCUCUAGGGAAGAGAAGAGAAAAGUUGAUGGGUUGAAAAGAACUCCUUCUAGAAGCUCCACAGGAAAAUCUCCUGCUAGACCCACUAGGUCUUGGAGUAAAGUUGUUACCCCUACUAGAAAGAGGAAAGAUGUAUCCUCUAGUGAAUCCGAGUUUGAUGUUGCACAAGAUGUCCAGGACAUCACCCAUAUAAAAAGAUCUGCUAACAAGAAACCUCAUGAUGCUAGGUCUAAUGCUCCACUAGAAAAUGCUUCUUUACAUUAUGUGAAGAAUGAAGAAAGGUGGAAGUAUAUCAUUCAGAGAAGGGUAGCCCUAGAAAGGGGAUUGGGAAAAGACGCCCUUACGUGUAAGGAAGUCAUGGAACUGAUAGAAGAUGCAGGGCUGAUGAAGACUGUCACACGCUUUGGACCUUGCUAUGAAAACUUAGUAAAGGAUUUUGUGGUGACUAUCCAUGAUAGAUGUGAUGAUAUAAAUAGUGCUGACUAUGGUAAAGUUUAUGUGAGAGGAAAUGUUGUAACAUUCUCCCCGACUGUGAUCAAUAACUUUCUGGGAAGAACAAAUGAACCUCAGGCUGAACUGGAGAUCUUUGACGAUCCUGUGUGCAAAGAAAUCACGUCCAAACAGGCACCUGGCCCUGCCACCUCCAAGAAGAGUGUCAUUGCCCAGUUGAAGGAAACAUACAAAGAGUUGGAGGACUCCAUCAGAUCUAACACCGCUACAAAUAUUAAACUGGAGACAUUGAUGAAGGUAAUGAUGGAAGAGGAGAAAAAGAUAUUUUGUCCCCUUGUGUGCCCCCUUGUGAGGGUUCUUGCACUAUAUGAAUAUGGUUUUGUUUCAGUUUCUGGUUAG